GAAAGGUCAAUAAGUAAAAAAUAAUAAUUGAAAAAAAAAAAAAAUUGGUUUCUGGUAGAACUAGUUGUAAUAUGCGGAGCAUACCAUAUAUACAAGCUGCGACUGCGCCUCUUUCUUCUCUGUUUCCGAGCGUAAAGAAGAGAGAGAGUGUGGUAGCAAAGUGUGGGACUUUGAAGAUGGCAUCGACGACGUAUCAGAAGCUUCUUCAAGUUGGGACCAAGAUCAUCGCCGUCGGCAGAAACUACGCGGCUCAUGCCAAAGAACUCGGAAACGCCGUUCCCAAGGAACCGGUUCUGUUUCUGAAACCGACGUCGUCUUACUUGGAAAACGGAGGGACCAUCGAGAUUCCGCAUCCGUUAGAGUCUUUGGACCAUGAGGUGGAGCUGGCCGUCGUGAUCGGCCAGAAAGCUCGCGAUAUUCCUGAAGCCUCCGCCAUGGAUUAUGUUGGAGGUUAUGCUCUUGCUCUGGAUAUGACUGCCCGGGAAAUUCAAGCUUCUGCAAAGUCUGCAGGUCUUCCAUGGACAGUAGCUAAAGGGCAAGAUACCUUCACGCCAAUCAGUUCUGUUCUGCCCAAGACUGCGAUACCAGACCCUGACAAUUUGGAACUAUGGCUGAAGGUAGAUGAAGAAUUUAGGCAGAAAGGUUCGACCAAGGAUAUGAUAUUUAAGAUUCCAUUUCUCAUUAGUCACAUAAGUAGUAUCAUGACACUUUUUGAAGGAGAUGUCAUAUUGACAGGAACUCCAAAAGGUGUUGGCCCUGUAAAACCAGGUCAAAAGGUAACUGCUGGUAUAACAAACCUCCUGGACAUUCACUUCAACGUUGAGAAAAGGCAGAAGCUAAGAAGCUAAUUAGAGAUUAUGAAAAGCGUUCGAGUUUCUGAAGGUGGAGCAACAUGAAAGUAAUGAUAAACAUUAAGGACCGAACAGUAAUAGAUGUUUGUGGAGAAUCACAAUAAAUGGAACCUUUAUUUAUUUUAAAUUUAUAUGAA